GAGGGAGGAGGAAGAGGAGGAGAAGGACGGAGCCCCGAGGCGGAGGCGGCUCAGCAGGAGCAGAAAAAUGAAGGCAGGCUGCCCCAUUGUGGAGAAGCCAGAGGGCGGAGGAGGCUACCACUUCCCAGACUGGGCCUACAAGACGGAGUCCAGCCCAGGCUCCCGCCAGAUCCAGCUCUGGCACUUCAUCCUGGAGCUGCUGCAGAAGGAGGAGUUCCGGCACGUCAUCGCCUGGCAGCAGGGGGAGUACGGGGAGUUCGUCAUCAAGGACCCCGACGAGGUGGCGCGGCUGUGGGGCCGGAGGAAGUGCAAGCCCCAGAUGAACUACGACAAGCUCAGCCGGGCCCUCAGAUACUACUAUAACAAGCGGAUCCUCCACAAGACGAAAGGGAAGAGGUUCACCUACAAGUUCAACUUCAACAAGCUGGUGAUGCCCAACUACCCCUUCAUCAACAUCCGGCCAACAGGUGUCGUCCCCCAAAGCGCCCCUCCUGUCCCGUCAGCCUCGUCCCACUUCCAGUUCUCCCCACUGGACGGCCACUCGCCCACCGAGGACGCCCAGCCCAGUCGCUUCUCCGGCCGACCCCUCGCCUCGUCCACCCAGGAGACCCUGAACAACAGCGGCCGCGGCGAGAAGUCUUCUCCUGCUCCGGAGCUGGAGGGAGGCUCUCCGGACUGGCGCCACGGAGUGGACCUGCUGGCUUCCCGCAAUUCCGCUGCUGCUGCCGCCGCCGCCGCUUCUGCAGGUGGGGUCAGCCACCAGAAGCGCAAGCCGGACUUGGUGCUGCCCCUCUUUGGACGGUCGGGGAUGUACCCCGACCCGCAUAGCCCUUUCGCCGUCUCCCCCCUGCCGACGCGCGGAGGGGUCUUGAACGUGCCCAUCUCGCCGGCCCUGUCGCUGACCCCCACCCUCUUCUCGUACAGCCCCUCGCCAGGCAUGAGCCCCUUUGCGGUGGGCGGCAGCUGCUUCUCCUUCAACCCCGAGGAGAUGAAGCACUACCUCCACUCGCAGGCCUGCUCCGUCUUCAACUACCACCUCAGCCCGCGGACUUUCCCCCGCUACCCGGGCCUUCUCAUCCCGCCCUUCCCCUGCCAGCUGCCUCCGGAGGACCCGGCCCAGUUCCCCAUCAAGCUGCAGCCCCCGCCUGCCGGACGCAAGAACCGCGAGCGGCCCGAGAGCGGCGGCAGGCCCGGGGCCCCUCCGCCGUCCUCCCCCCAGAUCAAGGUGGAGCCCCUCCCGGACCGCCAGGAGCCCGAGGGCAGGGAGUCCCCGGGGCGAGAGGGAGGCUGCCGCUCAGCCACCCAGUCGCCCACCUGCAAGAGCGCCCAGGAGCAGCGGGAGAAGACCCUCUUUGCGCGGCCAGUGGCCCCCUCCUGGCCGGCAGCGGCGGCAGCAGCUACAGCUGCUCAGCCCCCAGUGCCCACCCAGGCUGACCUUCUGGCCGACGAGAAGAAGCCCAAGCAAGAGGACGUCUCCGUUGAGAAGCCCCCGCGAGAGACGGUGGGGGAGGCAGUGGGGGCCCCGGAGAAGAGGGAGGACUCCGCCGCUGUGAUGCCCCCCAAACUGCGCCUGAAGAGGCGCUGGAACGACGACCGGCAGGCAGAGGGCCUGAAGGAGGAGCAGGGGGCCAGGAAGCCCUACUGGGGAGCCCUGGACACCCCACACAUCCUCCUGGCCCCCAAAGCUGCCGUGGAUACUUAGGACUGUAGAAGCCCCAUGGCCGUGGCGGUGUUUGUGUGUGUCUGCUUUGUACUGUAGCAAGAUUUGCCUAGCCAGGAGGGAAGGGGACCGAGGGGAAAAGGAGGAGUGGGGAGGCUAGAAUGGUUUUAUGAAUUCUAGGGGUUGUGUGUGUGUGUGUGUGUGUGUGUGUGUGUUGCAGGCAAGAGGCUGUUUGUGUCAAGGCCUGCCUUGCCUGCAGCCCUGUGGCCCCGUCUACGGCCACUGCCCUGCCUCCUGGUGGGCUUCCACUGACGUGAAAAGACUUUUCUCUUGAAUUCUGCCCCCUCUCCCCUUACGGUCUUUUACAGAAGCAAGAAUCUGUCUGAAUGUACAUAGUUCUUUUCUCUGGAGGGGGGCGGUGGGGGGCGGGUGGACCAGGCGGAGGACUUCCUAGCCAUUCAGAACUGGAAAUGUGUCUCGUUACCAAGCUAGGAAAACGCUUUAUUUAGCCACCAGGACAUUGCACUGUCUUUGAUCCUUUUUCAAAAGCGGCGAUAGCAGGAAGAGGAGAGGGAGAUGAGACUUGGCUGAGCUGGCGGCUGCCCCCUGGGGCAGGGGAGGGCCUGGGGCCUGGGCCGGCCGGAAUGAGGGCUUGGCAACCAUAAGUGUUACUUUUAGGACUUUGCUGGGGGGGGAGGGGGACACACCGAAUGGUCACGUUUUUUAAAAAACCUUUUUUGAAAAAUUAUCGAAGAAGCCAUGACAAGCAAUUGUAAAACCUUUUCAGGGAUGUGCAAGGAAUGUGGUUGUAAACGAAAACCUUGAAUGCCUUUAACAAGACCCCCCCCCCUUUAAUUUCCCUUGGUGGUUGUGGGCGAGGGGCGUUGGGGGGCAACGGAGCUGAGAAGCGGCUGGAAGCCCCCACAGAAUGACUUAUCCGGGGCAUCCUUUUCUUCCUCCCUCUUUUUGGGGAGCGCUGGGAGGGGAAAGCUCCCCCAGCCUUUUCCGUCUUGCCUUAACUGCCUGCUUUGGAGACAAGUGCUGGGAAACAGCUUAUGUUGGGGGGGCAGGGGGUGUUGUUUUCUGGGGAGAGGGGGCACGUAGCUCAGGGUGUGAAGACGGGCCUGGGUCCUCCUUGCGGUUGCAGCAUGGCGGCAGUGCUGGAGAGUUAGCAGCAGAGUUGGGCCGGCUGGGUCAGGUUGCCCGUCUUCUGGUGCCCGUGGGCACUGUCCUAAAACCCAGGGGCGUGUGGUGGGCAGGGCACCCCUGCGGCUGCUCCUCUUCCCCCUUCUCCCAAGGCGGCCCAAGGAAAGGGAGAAAGCUUGUCCAUGCAGACCCACCUCUUUGACUCCCCAAGGGU